AAAAAAGAACCUUUCAAGAUUUCAAAGUCUCAUCAGACUCAUUCUUCAAGAAAAGACUCUCUCUCUAUAUUCUCUCUUUCUCUCUCUCUUUCUCUCUCUAUGAAGAAGCUUUGCCGGAAAGGAACCGUUCAUCCGUCGCCGACGGCGGCGGCGAUAAAGAACGACGACCAGUUUCUCUCUCUCCUCCCCGUAGCGAUCCUCUCUCUCGUGGCGGUUCUUUCGGUGGAUGAUCGUGAAGUUCUUGCUUACCUCAUCUCAAACUCCGGCGACUCAAAUCGUAUCUCUCACCUCGGAAAAAACAAAACCCACAAAGCAAGAAAAGAAGAUGAUAAUAACAAUCUUCAUCACUCUCCUCUCUUCGCCUGUGAUUGUUUUAGCUGCUACACGAGUUACUGGGUCAGAUGGGACUCGUCGCCGAGUCGACAACUCAUUCACGAGAUCAUCGACGCUUACGAAGACAGUCUUGAGAUGAAGAAGAAGAAAAAAGACCGGAGAAAGCGAUCGGGAAAAGUUUCAAGACGAGUUAACUCGGUCGGAACGAAUAGAAUCAGUGAGUUGGGUUCGAGUUCGAACGAGUUUGGUGGUGGUGACUCGGUUAAAGAUGGGAAUUGCGGCGGUGAAGAGGCGGAGAAGGAGAAAGGCUCCUCUGUUGGAAAGGUUUUUAGUUUCAUUGGUCAGAGAUUUUUGGGUGUUUGGGGCUAAUGAAAAUUUCCAAACAUUUUGGUAGGAACAAAUGACGAAAUUUCCAAAAAGAAAAAUCAAAAUAAUAAAAAAUUUGUAAAAAUUA